AUGGAGCUCUUCAUCUUCUUUGCUUCUCUGUGCCUAUGUCUUCUCCUGAAACCUCUUAUCACUCAACUUCAUCUUCUUCUUUUUUCUUCUUCGUCAUCAAAACCCACCAACAAGAAUCUGAAUCUCCCUCCUGGACCUUCCAGAAUUUCCCUCAUAGCCACCUUCAUUUUUAGCAGAAAAUCUUUCUUGGAACUUGGCCCUUUCAUCUCUAACCUUCGACAGAAAUAUGGCCCUCUUAUCACUGUCCAUGUUGGUUCUCAACCCACCAUUUACAUCACGAACAACUCUCUCGCCCACCAAGCUCUUGUCCAAAACGGUGCCGUUUUUGCCGACCGCCCCAUCUCCGUUAACAAACUCAUUAUUAUUAGCAACUCUAGUAAAGUCAUCAGUAAAUCUCCUUAUGGACCUACUUGGCGUGCUCUUCGUAGAAAUCUCACAGCAGGAGUUCUCAAUCCUUCUCAGCUUAGAUCCUUCUCCCUUGUCAGAAAGCGAGUUCUGAACAUUCUUAUUGAUGCCCUUAAACAUGAUUCUAAGGGCGAGAAAGCUGUCUUUGUGGAAGAACAUUUUCGCCAUGCAAUCUUCUCUAUGUUGGUUCUCUUGUGUUUUGGAGAUAAUGUUGAAGAUAAACAAAUCAGAGAGAUUGAAGCUGAUCAACAAAGACAUUUCAAGAAUUUACAAUAUCGAUUGAGGCCGUUCAUUAUCUUCCCAAAGUUGGGUAAGUUCUUGUUCAGAAAGCAAUGGAAGGAGCUAAUUGAAAUCGCUACCCGUUACGACGAUGCCAUUGUUGCCCUGAUAAGGUCAAGAAAGAAAAUCACGGAGCAAGAAAAAGACACUUCAAGAAAAGAUCAAGGUGGUGUUUUUUACGUAGAUACAUUACUAAACUUUCAAGAUCCUGAAGAGGAGGAGAACCUUAAAGAACUCGAAAUUGUUGGCUUGUGUAAAGAAUUUGUCGGCGCCGGCACCGAUUCAACGAAGACUGCAUUGCAAUGGAUCAUGGCUAACGUAGUAAAGUACCCAGCAAUUCAAGCUAAGAUUUUGGAGGAUAUAAGAGGCGGCAUAGGAGAUGAUCAAAGGAAGUUCAUCGAAGAAGAUGAUCUACAAAAGAUGCCUUAUAUAAAAGCGGUAGUUCUUGAAGGUUUAAGGCGGCACCCACCAGGUUAUACACCGUUGACACCGCGUGCAGUGACAGAAGAUGUAGAAUUGGGUGGCUAUAUAGUACCAAAAGGUACUGCAGUCAACUUCUUGAUAACUGAUAUGGGGAGAGACCCAAAUGUUUGGGAAAAUCCUAUGGAGUUCAAGCCUGAGAGGUUCUUGAAAAAUAGUGAUGAUGAUCAGGAGCAUCAUCAAGAAGGGUUUGAUGUGACUGGAAGUAGAGAGAUCAAGAUGGUGCCUUUUGGCGCAGGAAGGAGAAUUUGCCCUGGUAAUGGGUUUGCCAUGCUUCAUAUGGAGUACCUUGUGGCAAAUUUGGUUUGGCAUUUUGAGUGGAAACCAGCUGAUGGAGAAGAUGUUGAUUUGACUGAGAAAUUCGACCUCACUAUAUCAAUGAAAAAUCCUCUGCGAGUUCAUUUAUCUCCUCGGUUUUAG